GGAAAGCUCUCUGUCUGGCAACUGUCAAAGCAGCGACAGGUCGGCCCAGGAGAGAGAGAGAGGGCGGCUUGUCUGGUACUGUGGGGGCUGGAGGAGGGGAGGGUCACGUGACAGCUUGUAUACAGCCAGGAGUAUAGACACUGCAUGGAACACAUAAUAUUAUAACUGUCACUGCAUGGAACACAUAAUAUUAUAACUAUCACUGCAUGGAAUAUAUAAUAUUAUAACUGUCACUGUCACUGGAAUAUAUAAUAUUAUAACUGUCACUAUCACUGGAAUACAUAAUAUUAUAACUGACACUGCAUGGAACACAUAAUAUUAUAACUGUCACUGCAUGGAAUAUAUAAUAUUAUAACUGUCACUGUCACUGGAAUACAUAAUAUUAUAACUGUCACUAUCACUGGAAUACAUAAUAUUAUAACUAUCACUGCAUGGAAUAUAUAAUAUUAUAACUGUCACUGUCACUGGAAUAUAUAAUAUUAUAACUGUCACUAUCACUGGAAUACAUAAUAUUAUAACUGACACUGCAUGGAACACAUAAUAUUAUAACUGUCACUGCAUGGAACACAUAAUAUUAUAACUGUCACUGCAUGGAAUAUAUAAUAUUAUAACUGUCACUGUCACUGGAAUACAUAAUAUUAUAACUGUCACUAUCACUGGAAUACAUAAUAUUAUAACUAUCACUGCAUGGAACACAUAAUAUUAUAACUGUCACUGCAUGGAAUAUAUAAUAUUAUAACUGUCACUGUCACUGGAAUACAUAAUAUUAUAACUGUCACUAUCACUGGAAUAAAUAAUAUUAUAACUAUCACUGCAUGGAACACAUAAUAUUAUAACUGUCACUGUCACUGGAACACAUAAUAUUAUAACUAUCACUGCAUGGAACACAUAAUAUUAUAACUAUCACUGCAUGGAACACAAUAUUAUAACUGUCACUGGAACACAUAAUAUUAUAACUGUCACUAUCACUGGAAUACAUAAUAUUAUAACUAUCACUGCAUGGAACACAUAAUAUUAUAACUGUCACUGUCACUGGAACACAUAAUAUUAUAACUGUCACUAUCACUGGAAUACAUAAUAUUAUAACUAUCACUGCAUGGAACACAUAAUAUUAUAACUGUCACUGUCACUGGAACACAUAAUAUAACUGUCACUGUCACUGGAAUACAUAAUAUUAUAACUGUCACUGUCACUGUAACACAUAAUAUUAUAACUGUCACUGUCACUGGAAUACAUAAUAUUAUAACUGUCACUAUCACUGGAAUACAUAAUAUUAUAACUAUCACUGCAUGGAACACAUAAUAUUAUAACUGUCACUGGAACACAUAAUAUUAUAACUGUCACUAUCACUGGAAUACAUAAUAUUAUAACUAUCACUGCAUGGAACACAUAAUAUUAUAACUGUCACUGGAACACAUAAUAUUAUAACUGUCACUGUCACUGGAAUACAUAAUAUAUAACUGUCACUGCAUGGAACACAUAAUAUUAUAACUGUCACUGGAAUAUAUAAUAUAAUAACUGUCACUGCAUGGAACACAUAAUAUUAUAACUGUCACUGGAAUAUAUAAUAUAAUAACUGUCACUGCAUGGAACACAUAAUAUUAUAACUGUCACUGGAAUAUAUAAUAUAAUAACUGUCACUGCAUGGAACACAUAAUAUUAUAACUGUCACUGGAAUAUAUAAUAUAAUAACUGUCACUGCAUGGAACACAUAAUAUUAUAACUGUCACUGCAUGGAAUACAUAAUAUUAUAACUGUCACUGGAAUACAUAAUAUUAUAACUGACACUGCAUGGAACACAUAAUAUUAUAACUGUCACUGUAUGGAACACAUAAUAUUAUAACUGUCACUGUCACUGGAACACAUAAUAUUAUAACUGUCACUGCAUGGAAUAUAUAAUAUUAUAACUGAUACCACAUGGAACACAUAAUAUUAUAACUGUCACUGUAUGGAAGACAUAAUAUUAUAACUGUCACUGUCACUGGAACACAUAAUAUUAUAACUGUCACUGCAUGGAAUAUAUAAUAUUAUAACUGAUACUACAUGGAACACAUAAUAUUAUAACUGUCACUGUCACUGGAACACAUAAUAUUAUAACUGUCUCUGCAUGGAAUAUAUAAUAUUAUAACUGUCACUGCAUGGAAUACAUAAUAUUAUAACUGUCACUGGAACACAUAAUAUUAUAACUGUCACUGCAUGGAACACAUAAUAUUAUAACUGUCUCUGCAUGGAAUAUAUAAUAUUAUAACUGUCACUGCAUGGAAUACAUAAUAUUAUAACUGUCACUGGAACACAUAAUAUUAUAACUGUCACUGCAUGGAAUAUAUAAUAUUAUAACUGUCACGGUCACUGGAAUAUAUAAUAUUAUAACUAUCACUGCAUGGAAUACAUAAUAUUAUAACUGACACUGCAUGGAACACAUAAUAUAACUAUCACUGUAUGGAACACAUAAUAUUAUAACUCUCACUGUCACUGGAACACAUAAUAUUAUAACUGUCACUGCAUGGAAUAUAUAAUAUUAUAACUGAUACUACAUGGAACACAUAAUAUUAUAACUGUCACUGUAUGGAACACAUAAUAUUAUAACUGUCACUGGAACACAUAAUAUUAUAACUGUCACUGCAUGGAAUAUAUCAUAUUAUAACUGUCACUGCAUGGAAUAUAUAAUAUUAUAACUGUCACUGUAUGGAACACAUAAUAUUAUAACUGUCACUGGAACACAUAAUAUUAUAACUGUCAUUGCAUGGAAUACAUAAUAUUAUAACUGUCACUGGAACACAUAAUAUUAUAACUGUCACUGCAUGGAACACAUAAUAUUAUAACUGUCACUGCAUGGAAUAUAUAAUAUUAUAACUGUCACUGUCACUGGAAUACAUAAUAUUAUAACUGUCACUGCAUGGAACACAUAAUAUAACUGUCACUGUCACUGGAAUACAUAAUAUUAUAACUGUCACUGCAUGGAACACAUAAUAUUAUAACUGUCACUGUCACUGGAAUAUAUAAUAUAAUAACUGUCACUGCAUGGAACACAUAAUAUUAUAACUGUCACUGUCACUGGAAUAUAUAAUAUAACUGUCACUGGAACACAUAAUAUUAUAACUGUCACUGCAUGGAAUACAUAAUAUUAUAACUGUCACUGGAAUACAUAAUAUUAUAACUGUCACUGCAUGGAACACAUAAUAUUGGACAGUUAUAAUAUUCCAGUGACAGUUAUAAUAUUAUAACUGAUACUACAUUUAACACAUAAUAUUAUGACUGUCACUGUCACUGGAACACAUAAUAUUAUAACUGUCACUGCAUGGAAUAUAUAAUAUUAUAACUGUCACUGCAUGGAAUACAUAAUAUAACUGUCACUGUCACUGGAACACAUAAUAUUAUAACUGUCACUGGAACACAUAAUAUUAUAACUGUCACUGCACGGAACACAUAAUAUUAUAACUGUCACUGCAUGGAAUAUAUAAUAUUAUAACUGUCACAGUCACUGGAAUAUAUAAUAUUAUAACUGUCACUGCAUGGAAUACAUAAUAUUAUAACUGUCACUGGAAUAUAUAAUAUAACUGUCACUGUCACUGGAAUAUAUAAUAUUAUAACUGUCACUGGAAUAUAUAAUAUUAUAACUGUCACUGCAUGGAACACAUAAUAUUAUAACUGACACUGCAUGGAACACAUAAUAUUAUAACUAUCACUGUCACUGGAACACAUAAUAUUAUAACUGUCACUGCAUGGAAUAUAUAAUAUUAUAACUGAUACUACAUGGAACAUAUAAUAUUAUAACCGUCACUGUAUGGAAGACAAAAUAUUAUAACUGUCACUGUCACUGGAACACAUAAUAUUAUAACUGUCACUGCAUGGAAUAUAUAAUAUUAUAACUGAUACUACAUGGAACACAUAAUAUUAUAACUGUCACUGGAACACAUAAUAUUAUAACUCUCACUGUCACUGGAACACAUAAUAUUAUAACUGUCACUGCAUGGAAUAUAUAAUAUUAUAACUGAUACUACAUGGAACACAUAAUAUUAUAACUGUCACUGGAACACAUAAUAUUAUAACUGUCACUGCAUGGAAUAUAUAAUAUUAUAACUGUCACUGCAUUGAAUACAUAAUAUUAUAACUGUCACUGGAACACAUAAUAUUAUAACUGUCACUGCAUGGAAUAUAUAAUAUUAUAACUGUCACUGCAUUGAAUACAUAAUAUUAUAACUGUCACUGUCACUGGAACACAUAAUAUUAUAACUGUCACUGCAUGGAACACAUAAUAUUAUAACUGUCACUGCAUGGAAUAUAUAAUAUUAUAACUGAUACUACAUGGAACACAUAAUAUUAUAACUGUCACUGUAUGGAACACAUAAUAUUAUAACUGUCACUGGAACACAUAAUAUUAUAACUGUCACUGCAUGGAAUAUAUCAUAUUAUAACUGUCACUGCAUGGAAUAUAUAAUAUUAUAACUGAUACUACAUGGAACACAUAAUAUUAUAACUGUCACUGGAACACAUACUAUUAUAACUGUCACUGCAUGGAAUACAUAAUAUUAUAACUGUCACUGGAACACAUAAUAUUAUAACUGUCACUGCAUGGAACACAUAAUAUUAUAACUGUCACUGCAUGGAAUAUAUAAUAUAACUGUCACGGUCACUGGAAUAUAUAAUAUUAUAACUAUCACUGCAUGGAAUACAUAAUAUUAUAACUGACACUGCAUGGAACACAUAAUAUUAUAACUAUCACUGUAUGGAACACAUAAUAUUAUAACUGUCACUGUCACUGGAACACAUAAUAUUAUAACUGUCACUGCAUGGAAUAUAUAAUAUUAUAACUGAUACUACAUGGAACACAUAAUAUUAUAACUGUCACUGUCACUGUAACACAUAAUAUUAUAACUUUCACUGCAUGGAAUAUAUAAUAUUAUAACUGUCACUGCAUGGAAUACAUAAUAUUAUAACUGUCACUGUCACUGGAACACAUAAUAUUAUAACUGUCACUGGAACACAUAAUAUUAUAACUGUCACUGCAUGGAACACAUAAUGUUAUAACUGUCAUUGCAUGGAAUAUAUAAUAUUAUAACUGUCACGGUCACUGGAAUAUAUAAUAUAACUAUCACUGCAUGGAAUACAUAAUAUUAUAACUGACACUGCAUGGAACACAUAAUAUUAUAACUAUCACUGUCACUGGAAUAUAUAAUAUUAUAACUGUCACUGCAUGGAAUAUAUAAUAUUAUAACUGACACUGUCACUGGAAUACAUAAUAUUAUAACUGUCACUGCAUGGAACACAUAAUAUUAUAACUGACACUGCAUGGAACACAUUAUAACUAUCACUGUCACUGGAAUAUAUAAUAUUAUAACUGUCACUGGAAUAUAUAAUAUUAUAACUGUCACUGUCACUGGAAUACAUAAUAUUAUAACUGUCACUGGGAUAUAUAAUAUUAUAACUGUCACUGCAUGGAACACAUAAUAUUAUAACUGACACUGCAUGGAACACAUAAUAUUAUAACUAUCACUGUCACUGGAAUACAUAAUAUUAUAACUGUCACUGUCACUGGAACACAUAAUAUUAUAACUGUCACUGCAUGGAAUAUAUAAUAUUAUAACUGAUACUACAUGGAACACAUAAUAUUAUAACUGUCACUGUAUGGAAGACAAAAUAUUAUAACUGUCACUGGAACACAUAAUAUUAUAACUGUCACUGCAUGGAAUAUAUAACAUUAUAACUGUCACUGCAUGGAAUAUAUAAUAUUAUAACUGAUACUACAUUUAACACAUAAUAUUAUAACUGUCACUGUCACUGGAACACAUAGUAUUAUAACUGUCACUGCAUGGAAUAUAUAAUAUUAUAACUGUCACUGCAUGGAAUACAUAAUAUUAUAACUGUCACUGUCACUGGAACACAUAAUAUUAUAACUGUCACUGGAACACAAUAUUAUAACUGUCACUGCACGGAACACAUAAUAUUAUAACUGUCACUGCAUGGAAUAUAUAAUAUUAUAACUGUCACGGUCACUGGAAUAUAUAAUAUUAUAACUGUCACUGCAUGGAAUACAUAAUAUUAUAACUGUCACUGGAAUAUAUAAUAUAACUGUCACUGUCACUGGAAUUUAUAAUAUUAUAACUGUCACUGGAAUAUAUAAUAUUAUAACUGUCACUGCAUGGAACACAUAUUAUAACUGACACUGCAUGGAACACAUAAUAUUAUAACUAUCACUGUCACUGGAACACAUAAUAUUAUAACUGUCACUGCAUGGAAUAUAUAAUAUUAUAACUGAUACUACAUGGAACACAUAAUAUUAUAACUGUCACUGUAUGGAAGACAAAAUAUUAUAACUGUCACUGUCACUGGAACACAUAAUAUUAUAACUGUCACUGCAUGGAAUAUAUAACAUUAUAACUGUCACUGCAUGGAAUAUAUAAUAUUAUAACUGAUACUACAUGGAACACAUAAUAUUAUAACUGUCACUGGAACACAUAAUAUUAUAACUGUCACUGCAUGGAAUAUAUAAUAUUAUAACUGUCACUGCAUUGAAUACAUAAUAUUAUAACUGUCACUGUCACUGGAACACAUAAUAUUAUAACUGUCACUGCAUGGAACACAUAAUAUUAUAACGGUCACUGCAUGGAAUAUAUAAUAUUAUAACUGUCACGGUCACUGGAAUAUAUAAUAUUAUAACUGUCACUGCAUGGAAUACAUAAUAUUAUAACUGUCACUGCAUGGAAUAUAUAAUAUUAUAACUGACACUGCAUGGGACACAUAAUAUUAUAACUGUCACUGCAUGGAAUAUAUAAUAUUAUAACUGUCACUGGAAUACAUAAUAUAACUAUCACUGCAUGGAAUAUAUAAUAUUAUAACUGACACUGCAUGGAACACAUAAUAUUAUAACUGUCACUGCAUGGAAUACAUAAUAUUAUAACUGUCACUGCAUAGAAUAUAUAAUAUUAUAACUGACACUGCAUGGAACACAUAAUAUUAUAACUAUCACUGCAUGGAACACAUAAUAUAAUAACUUUCACUGUCACUGGAAUACAUAAUAUUUAUAACUGACACUGCAUGGAACACAUAAUAUAACUGACACUGCAUGGAACACAUAAUAUUAUAACGGUCACUGCAUGGAAUAUAUAAUAUAACUGACACUGUCACUGGAAUAUAUAAUAUUAUAACUGUUACUGCAUGGAAUACAUAAUAUAACUGACACUGUCACUGGAAUACAUAAUAUUAUAACUGACACUGCAUGGAACACAUAAUAUUAUAACUGUCACUGCAUGGAAUACAUAAUAUUAUAACUGUCACUGGAAUACAUAUUACUGACACUGCGUGGAAUAUAUAAUAUUAUAACUGACACUGCAUGGAAUACAUAAUAUUAUAACUGACACUGCAUGGAAUAUAAAAUAUUAUAACUGACACUGCAUGGAAUAUAUAAUAUUAUAACUGACACUGGAAUAUAUAAUAUUAUAACUGUCACUGCAUGGAAUAUAUAAUAUAACUGACACUGUCACUGGAAUACAUAAUAGUAUAACUGUCACUGCAUGGAAUACAUAAUAUCAUAACUGUCACUGCAUGGAAUACAUAAUAUUAUAACUGACACUGCAUGGAAUAUAUAAUAUAACUGUCACUGGAAUAUAUAAUAUUAUAACUGACACUGCAUGGAAUACAUAAUAUUAUAACUGUCACUGCAUGGAAUAUAUAAUAUUAUAACUGACACUGCAUAGAGCACAUAAUAUUAUAACUGACACUGCCUGGGCAGCAUUGUGUUCAAAUGCAAUAAAGUAGCACUUACAGUUCGUUUAAACUGCUUAUUGGUGAACCAUUAAAUGUCUUCUCUAGAUUUGUGACCUUUGGUUUAAUGGACAAUGAAGGUGAAAGUGAUUUCAGUCUUGGAUGAUAAUUACAUGUAUCUGGUGAUUGAAGAACAUACUAAAGAUGCCUUUGCUGUGGAUGCUUCUGUGUCUAAAAAGGUGAUAAACCCCUAUUUUAUCAUAACGUGUUAUUAUGUAUUUCUUAACGUUCUUGAUUUUUCAGAAUGUUUUAGCCUUAAUUUUGCCAUUUGUGUUUCGACAAAAACAGUUACAAUUGUUCUUGUUUAGAUCUUGGAAGGUGAAAUCUAUAUACUCGUUCUCAUAAUCAAACCAUUGCCUCAGAUAUCAAUCAAUGUUUCUUGACUACCUGUAAGGAGAUUAUAUACCUAAUUAAUCUUUUUUUUUUAUCCUACAGCUAAUAGAGAUUUUGCGGAAAGAAAAUGCUAAUUUAAAAGCCAUACUAACCACGCAUCACCACCUGUGAGUAUCACGUUAUAUAACUGUUCACUAGGAGGGUGUCAUUAAAAUAAAUACUGUAAGCAUUUGAGGACACAAAACAACCGUUAUUUUUUUCAUUGACUUAACGCUCCAAUUUAAUCAUAACUGUUUCUCUAAAACUGCAAUGUUUUACACUGCAGGGUUAAGGGACCUGGGACACUGCACCCAGACCACUUCAAUAACAUGAAGUGGUCCUGGUGCCUAUAGUGUCCCUUUAAUAUCACAGGUCAAAUCAAAAGUUAGGUAUCUUAAGUUAAAGUUGAACCGCAUAAACACGGGGAAGAAAAAAAACUAUUAAAAAAAACAGACGACGAAGAUGAUAUGUUUUGUUGUUUUUUUAAUUAAAAAUGAGAGGACAAGUAUAAGUGAGAUGGGAAAAAGCUGAUGUGGAAAGAAAGUUAGGGAAUAAAAGUAUUUUAGGAAGAGGAAGAAGGUAACAUGGCUAAAUAAGGUGCAGUGGAACCUUGGAACUUGAACUUAAUCCGUUCCAGAAGGCUGUUUGAGAACCGAAUCAACAUUUCCCAUAAGAAUUAAUGUAAAUUUGAUUAAUCCUUUCCAAAAUUGCAGAAUUUUUACACAAAUUUUACAGUUUAAUACCUUACAUGCAUAAGAUCCUAUACAAAAAAAUUAUAAGCACAAUGUACAGUAAAUGAAAAGAAAAUGUGACUUCACUUUACCUGUAAUGAUGAGAGUUGAUGGCGUAAGUGCAAAGGAGAAGAGAUAUUAGUGUUUGGAUGGAGACAGGUAACUGUUCUUCUGGCAUUUAAAUUGUGUCUAAAGUGAGACAGUUUUAUAAUUGAACAUGUUUGUGGCAUGAUUUGUUCAUGUACCGGGAUAUUUUUUCUCACUUCUUUUGUUCGACUACCAAAUUGUUCGGGUAAUGGACCGUUCGAGUUCCAAGGUUCCACUGUAUAGAGAAAUCAAAAGGUCCCAUGUUUUUCUGCAAGUCACUAAGGGGUUGUGAAGUUGUCAUCGUACUAUAAAUUUUACUCAUUUUACUGAGCACCUGGGAGAAAUAGAGGCUUUUCUACUUUGUAGAUAUGCAUAAACAGGUGUCUGUAUGUAUCCAAUAUGCUACUUUUAAAGGAAGAUCUUGGGUGGUUUUAGCGUUUUGCAGAACUGUUAAAUAAUACCAGGAGUGGGUCAGGAAGGAAUGAUCAAUUAAAUUAAGAUUUGGAAAAAUAAAAACUCUCUCAAGGUGGAAUUAUCUAGGGGCUCUGUGCUGCUAUAUGUGGGAGUAAGUUCUGGGGGCUGCACAACCCGAGAGGGACAGCUAGAUAUAUUUAAAAUGCAAAUGAUAUAGAUACCAGCCCUUACUGUUAGUUGUAAGGCGUUUCUGAUGAUAAAAUCUCAUGCUGUUUGAGAAACUUGGAAAAACAAAGGGACCAGCGCGCCACAAUCACUAUUGAAUAUUUAUAAUAUAUAAAACAAGAAAGUAGGGGUGAUUUUGCGAGGGGAAAUACGAAAGGCACAUCAUAGUGUUUAACUGUGUAUAAACCUUUGUUGAAAAAAGUUCAAUUGGCCACUCACACUUUUAAUGCCAACUUCAAGCUUUCAGAUAAUCUUUAAAGAGACCACUCUCUUGCUUCGGAACCUUGACAGUCUCAGGAUCAUUUACAGGAAGAGAAAGUACAAAAAUGUAGUGCAAAUCUGAAAAUAAAGUGCAUAACAAAUUUAUUAGCCUACGUGUAAUUUUAAAACAGGAGGUGUAGAAGUCAAAAGCAUGGAUUUGUUAGUUCUGUAGUCCUACGCGUUUCAUCCCACCAUGGAUUUCCUCGGUGACACUGACUACUCUUGUGCAAAUCACCAACAAAAUUAAAAAAAUUAUUUGCCGCCACGCAUGACGUCUGGGUGUUACGGCGCAUGCAUGACGGAAAUGAAGCUACGAAUUUAAACGCUGAACACAGGGAUAGCAAGCUCCUGAGGAAGUCUCCUGAGAAGAAGCGCGUCGAGCAGCAGUAACGCAAAGUGAAUAAGUGUGUUCUGAAGUCCAGCAGCAGUGAUGUUCCGAGCUUUGGGCCCACAGAACAACUUCCAUCAUGGAGUGGACUGCACUUAAAGGACUUGGUGGGACUUUUGCAUAUUAAUUUAAUUAUUAUGUGCCACUUCUUCAUGUGAGUGCGUUUGUUUUUACACAUUUUAUGUUCGUUAAAGGUUACCCUAUGAUUUUUAUGUAUUUUCUCUCUUUGAGAUUUCAACACUCCAGCUGGUAAUUAUAAAUAUACAAUAGUGAUUAUGGUGCCCUUGUCUCUUUAUUUUUAUCUUUUCUGUGAUUUAGAGGUUUGGGGAGUGACCCUCUUUUCAGAGGCUGCCUGCACAUAUCUGCACUUUAACCCCCACUCACCAAUUAUUUGCAUAUACGUGGAAGAUUAAAUCUCAUUCUCUCAGGUUUGACAGGAGAUAGGCUUAGAGCCAAAUGGAAGAAGUAAGGAGUAUAGAGCAGAAAUUAAUACUGAUUUGUUAGACCGUUUAGGUGAUAUUCCCCUUUUCAGAUGCACAGGCACAGCUACUGCAGAACACCAAACUCCCGAACCGUAUAUAAGGGAAUGCUCCAAACUCCCGAAUUGCAUACAAAAUAGCACUCCAAACUCCCGAACUGGAACCUCAUGAAUAGCUGCUAGCAGACGAACAGGAUAAGCCCCCAAGCAGCUUACACUCCUAGCAAUCAGUCUCUAACAGCAUACAGUAAAUCCCCCCAAGAAUGAGACAGAGCUCUGUGUUGAGGGUCAAGCAGUGGUCUGUUUAAUGAGGGCUACCUGACCAGUAUUUAUGCAGGUCUCCCACCUGGUGGACACUCCCCUAGGGGACCAAAUAGGAGACUGUGACAAAGGACAGACAUGAACCAAUGACAGACACACAGAGGUAAAACAUCCCCACAAUGCAUCCUAACUUCCCUCCCUCUGUCCUGGAGAUAAUUGGGAAGUAAUCCAAUUAUCUCCCAGGACAGAGGCAAAACUCCAUUACCCACAUGGUUACAAUAAAACACUAAAACACAAAAAAAUACAAAAUAUUACAUUUAUCACACAAAAUAUAUACUUGCAACCCAUCCCCAGAUAGCUGGGAUCUGAGCGCACAAAAGUACCGAAUAGCGCUCAGAUCCUAUGCACACAGUCCAAUCGCCGUGGAGUUAAAGUGUUCACAAAGUCUGUUCUCCAUACGAAUAGACUCCACGGGAUGGCUAUCUGGGGUAAUGCUGUUCAUACGGUUUAAACUACCGAACGAACAGGCAUUUGGUUAACUGAUCGAAUGCAGAAGCAAGGAGGCUGAAGGCUCAGCGGUGUUAGCGCAAAUAAGUGUCCGUUUACAGUUCCACAGUUUGGGUGCUGAACACUGCUGGCCGUUCGGGACUUUAAAAUGCCCGCCGCCACGUGUUCGGCAACCGAACAAAGGCCACCCAGCAUUCGUCAAUUAAGCUGCGGUUAACCGCAGCUUCUGUGAGGUAAAUUGCCGACACACUCCAGCUCCCAGGUGGCCCAGUCAUACGUGCGAUAGUUCGGUAGAUUGAAUCUACCGACCGCCGGGCAGAAAGGCACGAAUAAGCCUUUUCUGCAGGGGAAAAGAAGUCUUUUAACAUGGGGCCAUAAUCCAAAGGCAACAGGCGAGCAACCAGGCUUCUCCAAUGCAAUGUGGCGAGAUUGGUCUCGUCACAAUAUUUUUUUUCUGACAUUCUCAGAAUUGUUUCCUUUCUGAAGGGAUCACUCCAGAGACAAUGUGGAUCUUGUCCAGCGCUUCCCAGGCUUGCAUGUCUAUGGAGCUGACGAUCGUAUUAGAGGACUGACACACAAGGUGGUUCAUGGUCAAGAAAUAAAGGUAGAGUGCGAUGUUUCUGUCUGUGGUACCUAUAUGUCACAACUCAGGUGUUUAUCUAGAAAAUCUGAGGUAAAGAGUGGAAUAAUAGGAAAAAAUCUACAUUGAAUGCCAUGGUUCUGUCUUCAGGAGGCACAUGAAAUACCAGAAUGUAUUUAGAUGAAUUUCAAUCUAUAAAACAUGGAAUAAUACAUUAAAUACAUACCAUAGUAAUGCUCUUAUCUCAUGACAGAACAGUUGAAUGGAUAUCAUGAUUAUCUUUUUGUGUCUGCAGUUUGGUGAUAUUAACGUGAGAUGCCUUUUUACUCCGUGUCAUACAUCUGGACACAUGUGCUACUUUGUGUGGGAGGAUGGAUGUCCGGACGCCCCUGCACUGUUCUCAGGUACCUAUGCCUUUUUUUGUUUCUUUUAUUUUCUUUAUAGUGCCCUGUUGGGCAUUAGUCCUCCACUCUUCUUAUUGUUGAAAAUUUUGAACAAUAAAUAUAAAAAAUAAAUAAACCGUGCUUUCCUAUGGUGUGUUUUCCUGGGGACACUGUAGGCACUCCCUGGGAGGAAGAGACGGGAGAGAAGCAGUUACGUCUGUCGCCAUGGUGCAAUGCACGCUGACCACAGAUAUGAUUAAUACACAGAAUUGACAUUAAGUAGCCCCGAACAGAGUAUUUGGUUGCCUAAGCCAUGUUUGCCAAGGGUACAACUUGCGCUCAGCACACAAAUAAAAAUAUCUCUAAAAUGUGCUGUUUCAAGCUGAAACAUUGCGCAUCCAGACUCCUACCAUCAUGUUGUUGGAGUAACCUUUUAAGUAGGUUAAAAAUCAACCAGUUAAACAAAAAAAAAUCUUUCUUUGCCAGCACAAUGUCGACAUUUGUGAAGUUUUGUACAUGUCCAAUAUCAGCUGCUGCAAAACUACUCCCAUCACCAAGGCCGGUGUACCAAAAUUAAUUUACAGCAUCAUUAAAAAAUUAUUUGGAAUUUUAAAUAUUUUAGCCCAGUUAGCUUGCUUUUUGAUUAUAAGCUCAUUUUGGACUGGGACCUCUUCACCUGUAUGUCAUACGUGUUUUGUUAAAAAUAAUUGUUUGUUUUGUUUACUGCAUAGCUUGCGAUAUAAAUAAUUGUAAUUUGCAGACAAUCAUAAUAUGUGAAUUAUAUAGAUAUAUUUCUCUUUUACUCUGUUAUUUAGGGGAUACUCUAUUUGUUGGUGGCUGCGGGAAUUUCUACGAAGGGACAGCAGAGCAGAUGUACAAGAAUCUGACAGAAACACUUGGAACUCUUCCCAAGGAAACCGUAUGUUACGACUGUUUCUUAAUGUGUCCAUCAAACUACUAAAUACAAUUCUAGUUUAUAUUUACUGAGAGUUUACCAAUUUUACAGCCUGUAAUAUGGAAGUCAGUGGCACCCAAAGGGCAUUGUCCAUCAGAUUAAACAUGGAGGCUUCUUGUAAUGUACAGAUGAAUUAUAAUCUAGGAGCCAUUAGAUCAGGGGUGGAGAACCUUCGGCACUUCAGAUGUUGUGGACUACACCCCCCAUAAUACUCUUACAGCCAUAAUGCUGGCAAAGCUGUAAGAGAUGUAGUCCACAAUAUCUGGAAUGCCAGAGGCUGCCUACCCCUCCAUUAGAUGCAGAUAUUUUGGGAUCUUAUGUGAGGGCCACCAAGCAAUUUUGCGUGAGUGUAUUAUUCCAGAUUUUCUUACGCGAGUCCUUCACUAGUAAUUCACCUUCCUAUUUUCAGCAAAAGCAAAAUCUUUAAUGAGACCCAAAGGGUAUAUUGUGAACUAGAAUACAAUACACAUUGCGUGGGCGGCAGCCCCGAAACGUAGCUGUAUAAUACCAUGAAUUGGAAGUGUUGGACUCACCUAAGAGGUUUGCCUUGAUGCGGUAGGUGAGCUUACACUUUAAUGGGACAAUGUAGGCACCCAGACCACUUCAACUAAUUGAAAUGGUGUGGGUGCAGUGUCCCUUUUGCACCUAGUGCUGCAAUGUUAAACAUUGCAGUUCGAGAAAAACUGCAAUAUUUACAUUGCAACUCUACGUCCUCGCGCUCUGCUUGAGAACCUCCAGCGUCAGAUUUUUUUCCCAUAGGAAAGCAGUUGUUCAAUGCUGUCCUACGGGGAGGGCUAAUUCGCGCGGCAUUUGCCGCACAUGCACUUUACAGCCCACUCGUCGAGGGACGGAGGAGGUGGUGGUAUUUAACCCUUAUUUUACCCGGACGAGGGCGCGCGAGGGAGGUGGGAGCGAUAGUGCUACAAAUACAGCUUUGUAUUGCUGGAACUAUAGUAUCCCUUUAAUGGACAUUCAGGCGGUACUGAACACCUCUGUUAUCUAAAUGCCCAUAAGAAUGGGAUAUUGCACAGGUAACCUUUUUUUUGGGUUUUGUAUAUGUAUUUGGGCUGAUGAAUAUUAUAGCCAUCGCUGCAAUCUAAGAGUGGUGUGAGUUUGAGUGCAGGACUUCAUUGUGUGUUUGUAAGUAUUCCUGAAUUGCCAACCUGUAUUUUACAGAAAAUAUUUUGUGGCCAUGAAUACACUGUGAGAAAUCUUAAAUUUGCUCUGAAGGUGGAACCAGAUAAUGAAGAUGUGAAGGAAAAACUGGCCUGGGCAAAGGUAGAUGGUUCAAAUAUCCUUUUUCAUCUGUGGCUAGAAACGUUUCCUCCCAAUUUUGCCGGCUUUACUAAGGUUUUAUAUAGAAGCAGGAAUGAAAGCAUGCUUGUUGCAGGAGUAAAAUGCAUGUUAGAGAAAAAAAAAAUAAUCAUCAAAAAGGUCUCCCACUAACCGAAAAGCAAAAAUUCUUUAGUAGUAUUGUCUCCUUUUCUUAUCACUGAACUGCACUGUGCAGGUAUCAGCCUGCUCCGAUUAUGUGGAAUGUGCCUGUUAUAUAACUGGAAGGUCCCAUCAAUCAGUGGCUUAAUACAGAUUCGGAAUGUAUACAGUAUUUUAUAUGUUAUGCAUUAUGAAGAAAAUGGUGAUUUUCACUGUAGACGGAAAUUGUUUUUUAUAUGUGUCGAAUUAAAACAAAAUAAAUUAUAUAAAAAAAAAAAAAAAAAGUAGGUGUCACAUUGUGUUUUUUCAGGCUCGCGAUGAGGAUGAUAUUCCUACUGUCCCGUCCAGCCUUGAAGAAGAAUUCACUUACAAUCCAUUCAUGAGAGUUCAGUGAGUAUAAAUAGACAUGUCCAUAUCUGUCUUGUAAAUGGUGUCCUUGUCUCUGACAUUUCUUACAAGACAGCAAGUUUAAGAGUUGAGUCUAGCAAGUGAGUGCAGUGUUCAAGGGGCAGGUCUGAAGAAGGGAUCCUCAAAGGUUACAGUUAUUAUUAACUACAAAAGACCUAAUUUCAAUGUCCGUUUUAUUUUUCGUUGAUCACAUAAAAUCUCCACAACUCUGAUUUGUUUCAAUGGGAAUAAAAAACUGAAAAAGGCUGAAGAUAGUUGUAGCAUGUGUGGGACUCGAGAUGCAUGAUGGCCAUAUUCAAAAUAUCUCCUCCAUGGUACCAGAUAUGUAUUUAGAUUUAUAGCUCUUUACCUGUACAUUUUCCUAAAAGAAUUGUCACUUCUAUUGACCACAUGUUCUCCAUGGCAUUUCCACAGCAGUGCUCUAUAUGCCCAUGUGCCUUAUGUAUUGCAUUGCAUUGCAUUGAUUAAUCUAAUUUACAUUCCGUGCCCUGUGUGCCUGGCGUGGUUAAGAUAGAACAGAAUUUUUUUUUUUUUUGCAAGCACGCUGUAAUGUUUAUGCCCUUCCCCUCUAGUGCAAGUAGUUAAACGCUUUGUAUAGGGAGAGGUAUUAGCAGUAGAAAGAGGGAAGUGCUCAUGCCAUUGUACAGAACACUGGUGAGACCUCACUUGGAGUAUUGUACACAGUACUGGAGACGGAAGGAUAUUGAUACCUUAGAGAGGGUUCAGAGAAGGGCUACUAAACUGGUUCAUGGAUUGCGGGAUAAAACUUACCAGGAAAGGUUAAAGGAUCUUAACAUGUAUAGCUUGGAGGAAAGACGAGACAGGGGGGAUAUGAUAGAAACAUUUAAAUAUAUAAAGGGAAUCAACACAGUAAAGGAGGAGACUAUAUUUAAAAGAAGAAAAACUACCACAACAAGAGGACAUAGUCUUAAAUUAGAGGGACAAAGGUUUAAAAAUAAUAUCAGGAAGUAUUACUUUACUGAGAGGGUAGUGGAUGCAUGGAAUAGCCUUCCAGCUGAAGUGGUAGAGGUUAACACAGUAAAGGAGUUUAAGCAUGCGUGGGAUAGGCAUAAGGCUAUCCUAACUAUAAGAUAAGGCUAGGGACUAAUGAAAGUAUUUAGAAAAUUGGGCAGACUAGAUGGGCCGAAUGGUUCUUAUCUGCCGUCACAUUCUAUGUUUCUAUGCUUUGCUAACAAUUUGACAACUUACCUGGAGUCUCAUGGAUACCAGUCCCUUCCAGCUCCUACACAGACAUUCUGUUAGGUCUUCUGAGCUAAACCUUGACGUACUGUCCAGCUCAUUGUCUGAGAGCUGCAUAUGACCACUUAAACAGUGAACUAAGCCCUGCACUGCUGGGCUUGGCUAAAUGAAGAGACCUUCUGGUUCUCAUAAAGGAAGUGACUGGCACUUGGUAGACCCAGGUACAUUGUCAAACUGUUAGGGCAGUCCUGGCACCAUAAGCACUACAGAGCACUGACCAUGACAAAUGCCCCUGUUAGUAACACCAUUGUUUUUGUCCCCAGAUUAGUGGAGGGUGUAGUGUAUAGUUGAUCCCACUUAUGUAAGAAUGCCCAAUGAUGGCUGUGUUCUCAUGCUAUCUACGGCGUGUUUGUUACAGGGAAGAGGCAGUCCAGAAAUUCACCAGGAAGACGGAUCCUGUUGAAGUCAUGAGGGUUCUACGAAAAGAAAAGGACAAUUUAAAAAAAAAGGAUCAGAUGCCAAUUCCAUCAAUCCUUGCUUUUCAGCUGAGUUUGCUCAGCAGAUCUCAACCUGCCAAAGAAUAGCUGCAUUGCUUUCCCUGGACCUGGACCAGAUUAGUUACCCGCUGUCAACAGAUCUUUAUUAUUGGUGCAUUUAGCAAUUUAACCAUGAUUGUAGGAUUUCCUGGACACUGGUGGAUCCUGCUCACUGCCAAUACAGGGUCAUUAUCUUUCUAUAAAGCUACAGCCGUACCUUUUAAAAUCACUACAUGAAAACUUUUCCUGCUGCUGGUUCCAUUAAAGGACCACUAUAGGCACCCAGACCAUUUCAGCUUAAUGAAGUGGUCUGGGUGCCAGGUCCAUCUAGGAUUAACCCUUUUUUCUAUAAUAGCAGUUUCAGACAAACUGCUAUGUUUACCUAUGGGUUAAUCCAGCCUCUAGUGGCUGUCUCAUUGACAGCCGCUAGAGGCGCUUCCGCACUUCUCACUGUAAUUUUCACAGUCAGAAGACGCCAGCGUCCAUAGGAAAGCAUUGAGAAUGCUUUCCUAUGGACUGGCUGAAUGCCCGCGCGGCUCCUGCCACGCAUGCGCAUUCAGCUGAUGACGUCGCUGUGGAGGAGGAGAGGAGGAGGAGAGUUCCCCGCCCGGCGCUGGAGAAAGAGGUAAGUUUAACCCCUUCCUCCCCCUAGAGCCUGGCAGGAGGGGGACCAUAAGGGUGGGGGCACCCUCAGGGCACUAUAGUGCCAAGAAAACGAGUAUGUUUUCCUGGCACUAUAGUGGUCCUUAAAGCACAUGAUUAACUCUGACACCUAGCAAUCCACAGGUAAAUAUUCAACACAACGGGAUGAUUUAUUUUUUAUGUGGAUUUAAAAGAACACUAUAGUGCUUGUUUUUCUACCUAUUAAGGUUCAGAUCCCCUAAACUAAAUAAAAAAAAAAAUUCUAGCCGCCUGCUCUGCCUCCUGGGAUGCCGUCCUGCAGGUGUUGCUUGCUUGGCUUCUCGUCCAAUCCAAUGCUUCUUAUAGAGAGGCAUUAGGGACAAGAAGUACAUGCUCUGUGAGUAUCACGCUCGUCCAAUCAAAUGCUUCUCAUAGGGAAGCAUUGAAUUCAAUGUGCUCAUGCAACAAGGACGUUGAAACAUUGAUCUUACUUGGUUAUAAGUGCCUCUAGUGGUUAUCAGGAAGACAGGCAGGUGUGUUUAGUCCCGCAUUCAGAACAUUGUAUCUACUAAACGCCAAUGGUUUAGAUUUCAGGACUCUACACUGCACUGAGAGUACGUGGUCUGGGUGCCUUCAGUAUAUCAGGCUUUAUUCACUAGUCUGGAUAUUGUGUAAAUUUCAGUCCAAAAUAGCUACAUUUGAAAAGUAACUAAAUUGAAAAAUGUUUUAAUUUGCCUUCCUUGGUGUAAUCCAGGGGUGCCCAAAAGGUUGAUGUUGCAGAACUACAUCUCCCAUGAUGCUUUGCAUGCCUUUAGAAUGACAAGGCAUCAUGGAGGUUGUUGUUUUAAAACAUCUGGGGAUCUACCUUUUGGGCAGCCCUGGUGCAAACCUUGCGAUACCCUUGUCAUUCCUCUAUAAUUACCAGUCUAUUGCAUAAAAACAUGGAGAUAUCUCACACAUGAAGGCUGUAUUCUGCUAACACUAAUAACUGAAUAACAUUGACAUAAAUGGGACAUUUCUUUUCAGUGAUCAGGGGUAUAAUUUUAGCUUAUAAGAGAGUUUAACCUUACGUCUGUUGCCAUUGCUUCUCACACACAAAGAGUACACUUCAAUAGGACUGCCAGAGCAUAUAUUUAAUUCCUAUACCCAUUGUCCACACAUGCCUUCUACCAGUUUAAAGGGACACUAUAGUCACCCAGACCAUUUAAUGGCUUUAGAAGUGGACUAAGUGCAGUGUCCCUGUCACACUUAGCCCUGUAAUGUGAAUCAUUGCAUUUUUCGAGAAACUGACAUAAUUGCCUUGCACAACUAAGACUGCCUCAAGUGACUGUCAGAGAGCCACUCGAUGCACUUCCUGGAUGCUAGUGGUCUUUGGGUCCCCUAAAUGACACUGGACGUCCUCAUGCUCUGCCCAAGGGCGUCCAGCAUCAGUAAAAUCCCCAUAGCAAAGCCUUAAUUCAUCGCUUUCCUUUUGGGAGGGCCAAAUGCGCUCACAUGACUCGCAUGUGCAUUAGGCCCCCCCCCCCCCGUCAGAAGAGGCAGAGCACUGACCCACCUCCGAGGGACGCCAGCGAUGGAAUCGGGUAAGUGACUAAAAAGGGUUUUCUUUUUAACCCUUUAGCUGCCGCAAGAAGGGGAACCAAAAUGCACUAUAGUGUUAGGAAUACAGAUUUUUAUUCUUAACACUAUAGAAUCCCUUUACCAUUAAAUUGGUGCUGUCACCUAAAAAAAACAAACAAAAAACAUUUAUUCUUGCAGAUGAUAGAUAUGCUUUACCUAUGAAUGGAGAUUCGCAAAAAAUGCCACAAAAUGCUGCUGCUAGUGUACAUAGUCUUUUGUUUGAAAACGAUGCUACUUAAAAGGGAGAAAGACCAUUAAAAUAUUACAUGUGAAAUCUAAGAGAGGAUGUUUGUAAUCUAUGCUUACUAUAUUGCAAAUAAUUCAAACAACUGAAAUACUUUGAAAUCACAUUGUGGGGGAGAGGUUUCCUAUUGCUGUGCCUUAUGUAGCCAUUGUCUCAAUGGAAAAAAAUAAAACCAAAAUCACUUGAAGGAACACUGUACUAUCUUUCCGUGUGUUACAUUUCUGCUGUAUUUUAUAUAUAUAUUUAUAUACUGUAUAGCACCAAAC